AUGUCUACCAAAUAUGCCCUCGUCUCUCUGCCUCUCGGCAUCUUCGAUUCUGGAGAUAAGGACGACGCCAUCUCCGCGUUGAGCGCUACCAUUUCAGCCGAAAAUGGUAGUGCCCGCCCCUUCAACAUCCCCGAUUUCAAGAUCGGCACCCUGGAUGCCUUGGUCCAACAAGCCGACGACCUUGCCAAGUUGGAGUCCACCUGCGAGGCUGUUGUUGCCAAGGUUGCCGACUCAUUGAAGUCAAUCCUCGAUGGUGAUGAGGACAAAAUUUCCCAGCAGAAGAUGGUCAACGAUAAGCCUACCGACCAGUACGUCAACUCGUUUUCCUGGAACAAGGUCCGAUACCGCGCCGAUAAACCCUUGAGCGAACUCGUUGAUACACUGCAAAAGCGCUUGUCUCGCUGGCGUGAAUCUGGGGUGCCAUCCCGAGAUUCGGUCCAAAGGAAACUAAUGAACCGCCAGGAACUUGUCACUACCGACAACGAUGUCAAGAGCAAGUUCAACCAGUAUAACUCAGUCAAGACAAACUUCACCACUCUCCAGCGCAAGCAGACUGGCAACCUUGCGACAAAGUCCCUCACUCCCGUCGUCGAUCCCGCGCUCCUUAUCCAAGACUCGGAAUACCUAGAGACGCACCUUGUUGUUGUGCCGAACAAUGCAAAGAAAGACUUCUUGAAGAGUUACGAAACACUGGCGCCGAUGGUGGUCCCCCGGUCUGCCGUGCAGGUUGCGACGGAUGAAGAGUUCACCUUGUACGCCGCCACGUCAUUCAAAAAACACAGUGCCGAGUUCCUGGCGAAGUGUCGCGAGCAAAAAUGGACUCCACGCCAAUACAAGUACGUGGAGGGCGGAAAGGAAGAAGAGCAACGUGAGCUUGACCGGGUGGCUCGUGAAGAGAAGAAGACAUGGGGAGAGGCUCUGAGAAUCGGCCGGACAGGCUGGAGCGAGAGCGUCAUGAUCUGGCUGCAUGUGCUCGCAUUGCGCGUAUUUGUCGAGGCUGUUCUCCGCUAUGGACUUCCGCUCGAUUAUGUCAGUGUCCUUGUCAAGACGAAUUCGAAGCUUGUCAAGAAGGUCAAGACAGCACUGGACUCUAACUACUCGUACCUAGGAGGCAAUGCCUUUGGCAGAGACAAGCGCGGGAAAAUCACCAAAGACGACGCAGCAUUGUCGUCCGAGAUGGCUGCUGUUGGGCUUGGCGGAGGCGAGGGACAUGAGUACACGGCCUACGUUUACUACGAGUUUGACUUCCCUUAG